UGCAGUUUGACCUUCCAGUGCAGCUGGCUGCGAAAGCUGCGCACACUGAGCUGACGGUCAGUGGCCCCGACACGACGCCACCAGGAUCGGUUUAAAAACGAUAAACCCACCGUAAAUGGGUUUAUCACCACGUCGGCCGUUACUUUCGUCGCUCCCGUUUACCUCGACCGGUUGUUGUGGAUGGAUUAUAGUAUUCACUUCUGACCGAGAAGCCUUACAACGCCCAGUCAGCAGCGGCAGCCAUAGCUCGGUCGAUGACGCUGGAGAAUACUGUAAUCUAUCCCUGCAAUGGCCGUCUUUAGUCACCACGUGCUGUUUGCUGUCACAAGAUCAAGGGGAUCGUAUUUGUUAUCCAAGAGGCACAGCUGCUCCUCUCUGUCUUCCAAAGCCUAUCUCCAUAUAGACCCUCCCCGCCACGUCUUGUCCUCAUUCCCACUCAGGCACUCCCGCUACGGCUACCCCCACUGUUACCGAGGCCAUGCCCUUGAUCGCGGCCGUAACUCUGCCCUGCUCGCCCGUUCUCUACACAGCUCAGGUGUUUGGCUCCAGGACAUAAAGCAAGAGGACACUAAAGCCUCACCGGCUGCUGCCCAGGAUGCUCCAGGAGCUAAAAAGGACUCUGUGGCCACUGCACCCCAGUCUCAACCCCUGUCAGCCCCCACUCCAGCGUCCACCGCCUCCGCCGCCACCACAGCAGCUGCCGUCCCUCCGGUGCAGGAGAGGGCAGUAGUGAAAAAGGCUCUGUAUCAGAGGAUUGUGGAUGAGUUGAAGCAUUACUACAAUGGCUUCCGGUUACUUGGCAUCGACAUUAAGAUCGCAGGCAGGAUGGUCUGGAGGCUGCUGCAUGGACAAUUGCUCACACGCAGGGAGAGGAGAAGGCUGAUGAGGACCUGCGCUGACCUCUUCCGUCUGGUGCCCUUCAUGGUGUUUAUCAUCGUUCCCUUCAUGGAGUUCCUUCUUCCCGUCUUCCUCAAACUCUUCCCAGAGAUGUUGCCCUCCACCUUCGAGACAGAGUCCAAAAAGGAGGAGAAGCAGAAGAAGGGUCUGGCUGCGAAGCUGGAACUGGCCAAGUUUCUCCAAGAGACCAUCGCUGAGAUGGCCCGAAGAAAUAAGGCUAAAGCUCAGACAGAGGAUGAAACGCAGCGCUUCUCCACAUAUGUUCAAAAGGUGCGGGGCACAGGCGAGCAGCCCACCACGAAGGACAUCGUCCGCUUUUCGAAGCUGUUUGAGGACGAACUGACACUGGAGCACCUGGAACGCCCCCAGCUGGUGGCUCUGUGCAAACUGCUGGAGCUGCAGCCCAUUGGCACCAACAACUUGCUGCGUUUUCAGCUGAUGAUGCAACUCAGGACCAUCAAAUCAGACGACGAGAUGAUCGCAGCAGAGGGUGUGGCAGCUAUGAGCGUGUCAGAGUUACAGGCGGCAUGUCGUAGUCGUGGGAUGAGGUCUCUGGGUCUCACCACUGAUCAGCUACGUCUGCAGCUGCAGCAGUGGCUGGACCUGCACCUGAAGGAGAACGUUCCUCCAUCUCUGCUGCUGCUCUCCAGAGCCAUGUACCUAACUGACCUCAAACCAAAAGCCCCCGUCAUCCCACCUGUUCCCAAACUAGAGAAAGCUACUCCUCCUCCAGUGGAGAAUACAGGAGCAAACACCACCUCAGUCAGCACUGACAUGUUGGCAGACCCUGCUCUCAUCAUCAAAGACCGACCGGUGGAGGAGAUGAGAGACAAGGCUCCUGUGGUCUCGGACAAACCUCUGACGCCUGCCGAAGUCCUUCAGGCUAAAGCAGCGACAGAGGUGUCCCAGAAGAGUAAGAUGAGUGCCAACGGUGUUUAAAGAGGAGCUGGAGUCUCUGGACUGAGGGGGAGAUGGACUCACAUGGACCUGUGUCCUCGGAGGGGAGGAGAGAGGGGUGACAGGGCUAUUGAUGGUUUAUAUUUCAGUGGUCCUCUGUUAAAUACCGUCUCCCCUCUUUGGACCAGAGGGAGAGGAAGCAGUGUUUCUGGACUCUGAUCACACACAUUGCAUCCAGGAGGCCUGAUCCUUCCUCGUCCCUCUCUCUGCUGCCUCCUCUGCUUCGUGUCAAUACCGGCUGCUUCGUACUCUCAACCCUCGACGGUCACUCUCGUGCACUCCAUUCACUGUAACUCUCCGUUAGAGCUGGACAGACCAGCCUGAAGUUUCACUGGACUGACAGGCCACUGAUGGUGUCAUUUGUUUGACCUAAUGUCCUAGAAGUGACGCUCAAACCGCCCAUGGCUGAUCCUGGUCAGCUGUCUGUUUGAUAGUGUCUCCCUACAGUCUAGACGGUCUCCUCCUCCUCCUGCUACUUCUCGUGCUGUAAAUUUGUAAAUAUCUUGUAUAUUUUCGUCUCUGUCUUACAUCACAGCAGCAGCAGCAGCAGCUUUGUACAGUUUGCUAUGCAAAGGCCUAAUGUCUCUUGAAAAUUUUCAAGUUUAUCUCUCUUAGCAGUUUUAUUUGCAUACCUUUUUAACUCCUGCUCAGGAUGGGAGAGAGGUCAUCUAAUUUUCUGCUGAACUUUUUGGUUCAGUGACUGUCCCACCUUCGUCUUGGCUCAGUGAGCUGGACCGUGCUGACAUGCUGAAGUAGACAACAAAAAACAGCACGUUUUGAACCUGCAGUUGAAUAAAAUGCAAAAAGGUUCAGUCAAAAUGUCUUUUCAUUUUGUCAGUGGGUGGACCAGCAGAUGUGGACUGGCCCUAACUCUGAACAGGGUGACGUAGUGUAGUAUAUUGCUGCUGUAAUUAGCAAAUGAAGAUUGGUAUGUUAUUAAGAGAGCGGUCACUCCUUAAACCCAGAGGUGACAGUGGUAAAGUGCAGUCUGCCACCACUGGUAAACCACUGAAUGAACAUCUGUAUAAAAGAAAAAAGAAAAUUACAGAUUUUAUUUGCAGAUACGGUGUAUGUAUUGUGUUUUUAACACUAUGAUGCUAAGAUUUCUUUAAACUAAAAAGAGCAAAUGCUUGUUGUUACCCUAUAGAUACUGUUAAUGUGGAGGAGAUGGUUAAAUGGUUAAAUCCUGAAGCCACAAAUGAGAUUAAUGUUAUUUUUUGGUAUUGUGGCACUAAAAUAGGUAAAUGUGUAGCAUUAUGACUGAUUUGCCCAACUUCCCUACUUCAUCAAGUUCUCAUAAAUACAAUAUAUGACCCUAAAAAUUGUUAUUUGAAGGUUUACCGCAUAGCUGUGUAAUAUAUAAAUACAGUUUUAUGUGUAUUUUGUAACCCUCAUAUCCUUCCUCUUUAUACAUCUAACCUUGUUGGAGUAACUGAUGGAUGAAAGUUUUUGUCUCCUCCAUUUUUUCCUUGUUGCUAUUUAUCCAUAGGCACCUCCCAGAGGUGGAUGCCAUAAAUGAAAGGAUAUUUUUUUAGCAGAUUGAUUGCUAAUGAAGAUUUAUAUUAUUGGUUUUACAUAUGUGCCUAAGGUUAAAGGGCGAUUGGGUCUGUGUUUGCAAUUUUUCAUGAGAGAACAGAUUUUCUUUAUGUUGCGUUGUACUUUGGUUUGAUCAUUCGCCUCAGUGUGUUUAAAAGCGCCCAGUUGCACCUUCUCUCUUAAGUGGAAUGUCUCCUUUUCCCUUCCCAUUGGAUGCAAGUAUCAAUCUAAAUCCAAGUGAAUCGUUUCCUUAUUAGCACCAGUGUUGAUGCAGAUGGGGAAAAAAACAUCACACUUUCAAUCAGAUCUGCACUCGUGGUGUGAAGGAAAUAAAAAAAACCCAACAAUCAAAAUAGUUGCUUUAUGGUUUGUGGUUUGUGUUCUGCUGCAAUAUUUAAAAAAAAUUCCCAAGAUUUCCCCCAAAAUUCUGAGUGGAUGUGAACUGAUUUAUCAGCAUUUAUAGCAGUUUUCUUUGGAAACAAAUUGUGCUUUUUAAAGAGUAACGUAACACCAGGCUGAAAAGUAGUUUUUUUUUUUUUUUUUUUAACUCACUCUGGUCAAAAGUUUGCAUUUUUAAUUUGCACUGAAAACUAAUUUGUGGAAACACCUCAGAAACAAACACAAAUGUCUUAUCUCCAUCUUAAAACAUUGGUUUGAUGCUGCCCUUUUAAUAACAUCAUGUUGCACCUGUUCUGUUCGUCUGCAACAGUUUUUUGGCACCUGACCGGAGAAUUGGCACCACCAGCUCCUAGUAUGCACAUAACUUGUAGAUUAGUAUGUACAUCAAUUCAGAUUUUCUGCUGCAGAUUUUCUUGAAAUUCAGUUAAAAUUUGCACAUUUGAAUGGAUAAUUAGCUACUGAUUGGUGUGGUUGGGUGUUCCUGUAACCACACCUAACAGUGAUGUCACAGAGUACACCUGGAGGUCAGCAAAAAUCUAGAUUUUCAGCAGGUGUUAAGUUUCUCUUUAACAACACAUGUCACUGACCUGUGGAGAAAGACAUGUCAUGUUGUUGAGUUGCUCCUCAGACUUGUAGGUUUCCUGACUUGAUGGCAUUUGAUGACUGGUACUGUGUACUGUCAUGAUUAAAAGAUUGCACAGCAGUUAAGCAAUGAAAAUGACUGGCUUCAUAUUUCUGGAAAAAAAUUGUAAAUUCCUAGUUAUUUCUCUGGGAGAUCCAAUUUAUUUCACUUGUCUUAUCCUAACUAACCUUUCUUACGUCAACUCUUGGAAUACUGUUUGUUUCCUUGUCAUUCAUCAGCAUCAUAGUUUGUGUUAACAACUCUGUGCGUGUCUGGAAACUAUCAUUACCUACUGCUAUCACAGGUGGUUUGAUACAUCAGUGACACUGUGAUGUGUCCUCUGUCCACAGGAUUUAUUUCCUUCAGUUAAAAAUUGCACUGCUGUUAGUUAUUACCCUGCAUUAAAUGUAUGCAUCGCUUUACCAUGGUGAGUGAGUGUUGGGGUGAUGAAAAACAAGAACUCACAUGAUUAAAAUCAUGAAACCCUU